AUGCGCUGUAUUUUUGCAGCAGGUGUAUAUGCUGGAUCCUGCAUAUGCUUUCUCUUUCCCGACUAUGCUUUCGUUGCUGCAUAUUACGUGCGUCCGGAAUUUCGCGGCCGUGGAAUUGGUUCACAGCUCUUUAAUUUGGUGGUUAACAAUAAAGUGAAAGAGGGAAAUGUUGGUUUGUAUGCAGAACCAUCAAUGGCCCCCGUUUAUGAGGAAAAACUUGGUUUCAACAAGAAAGUGUCUUGGACGGCACAGAAAGUGCAAGUCACAAACAUCGACUUUUCUAAGCUUUCAGGCUUGGCGCACAAUUUUUUGAUCAAAGAUAUCAGUGAGAUUAGUUUGCAGCAACUGGUCGAGUAUGAUUCCAAAUUUGCUGGAGCCAAUAGAGAAUCGUUCGUCCGAUCCUGGGUUUAUGAACGUCCAGAUGCAGCAUCUAAGGUGAAAUAA